UCGACCAAAGACCAGAAGCAGAGAGGGAGAUUUUAGACUAACCAAGCAAGUUAUCUUGAUAAAAAUCAUGGAUUUAAAGCAUCCUCAAUCUCCAUUAUCAUGCUUUAGGGUCUUUUUCUGCCUUUUCAAUUCCAGAACAUGGGAGGUUUUCUUGGCUACCUCCAUGUUAACUUCUUCUCGAGCUGUGCUGUUAUCCUCUCUUUAUUUUCUGGAAUUUCAUUCUCUAGCGAUACCUUAAAUUCAACCCAAUCACUAGGGAUUAACCAAACCCUUGUAUCUUCCAAUCAAGUGUUUGAAUUAGGGUUCUUCAAUUCAACUUCUUCUUCCAGAGGGUACUUGGGAAUCUGGUACAAGAACAUUCCUGAGAGAACAAUCGUCUGGGUUGCAAACAGAGACACCCCACUUGAAAAUUCCAAUGCAACUCUGAAAAUCGGAGACAGAGCAAACCUGGUUCUUCUCGAUCCAGCAGGAAAUUCCUUAUGGUCCUCGAAUCAAUCAGAAUCUGCACCUUCAAAUCCUGUGCUCAAGCUUCUGGAUUCUGGGAAUCUGGUAAUUAAAGAAGCAAGUGAAACUGAUGACUCCGACAACUUUCCCUGGCAAAGCUUUGGUUUUCCCACAGACACUUUGUUACCAGGUAUGAAGCUGGGAUGGGACUUUGGUAAAGGCAUUGAAUGGCGUAUAACAUCAUGGAAAAGCGAAAACGACCCUUCAAGUGGAGAUUAUUCUUUCAGAAUGGAACGCCAAGGAAUCCCAGAAGCUUUUUUGUAUGAUAAAGGGGACAAAACAUUUAGAACAGGACCAUGGAAUGGUAUAAGAUUCGGUGGAUUGCCAGUACUCACAUCAGAAGCUGUUGUUCAAGAUACUUUGGUUCAAAAUUCAGACGAGGUGUACUACACACCCUCUUCGGUUUUAACCGGUAACCAAUCUGUUCUUACAAGGCUUGUUAUAAAUUGGACUGGUGAUGUUCAAAGAUUUGUAAGAGCACAAGGAAGCCAAAGUUGGAACAUGAUAUGGUCUGCACCUCAAGACCGAUGCGAUAAGUACUUUCAAUGUGGUCCAUAUGGUAUAUGUGAUUCCAAUUCUUUUCCUGUAUGUAAAUGCUUUCAAAGUUUCAGCCCAAAAAAUCAGAAUGAAUGGAAUUUGAGAGUUUUUACCGAUGGCUGCGCGAGGAGCACAGGUUUGGAUUGUCCGACAGACAAGUUCUUGCAGCUGCAGCAUGUGGAGUUACCUGAAUCAGUGAAUGCGUUUGUGAACAAUAGCAUGUCCCUUUCAGAAUGUGAGGACAUGUGCAGGAAAAAUUGUUCUUGUAGUGCUUAUGCUAAUGUGAACGUCAUUAAUGGAGGAACAGGUUGUGUUAUAUGGACUGAGGACCCGAAAGACAUGAGGCAGUUUUCUGAAGGUGGCCAAGAUGUCUUUGUCAGAGUUGCUGCUUCUGUUGUUACUGACCCAGGAUCUGCAAGUGGCAAGAAGAAAAAUACAGGCAUGAUUAUAGGCAUUACAAUGGGAGCAAUUAUCAUAGUUUUGGGUUUGAUCAUGUUUCUUUUGUGGAAGAGAAAGUCAAAUAUACUAAAACGAAGAGCAGAGCAGAUAGGUGGUUUUGGGACAAGUCAAGAUAUACUUUUAGUCUCAAGAAAUACAGAAAAUUCAGGUGAUACGAACAUGGAUGAUCUAGAGUUGCCAUUGUUUGAUUUUAAUACCAUAACACUGGCUACAGACAACUUCUCAGGGGCAAAUAAACUUGGAGAAGGAGGCUUUGGUAGUGUUUACAGGGGUAGGUUGUUUGAAGGGCAUGAUAUUGCUGUGAAGAGGUUAUCAAAAGCCUCAGGGCAAGGGAUCGAAGAAUUCAAGAAUGAAGUCAAGUUGAUUGUGAAGCUUCAACAUCGAAACCUUGUACGAAUGUUUGGUUGCUGCAUUGAGAACGAGGAAAAGAUGUUAGUUUAUGAAUAUAUGGAAAAUAAAAGCCUUGAUUUUUUCUUGUUUGACAGAGAAAAAUGUUCCUUAUUGGACUGGCAAUUACGCUUCGACAUUAUAUGUGGAAUAGCAAGAGGACUUCUUUAUCUUCACCAGGACUCUAGACUUAGAAUUAUUCAUAGAGAUCUCAAGGCAAGUAACAUUCUACUUGACAAGGAGAUGAAUCCAAAGAUAUCAGAUUUUGGGAUGGCUAGAAUCUUUGGUAAUGAUCAAACAGUAGCGAAAACAAUAAGAGUUGUUGGAACAUAUGGUUAUAUGUCUCCAGAAUAUGCAUUGGAUGGACUUUUUUCUAUAAAAUCCGAUGUUUUUAGCUUUGGAGUUCUUGUGUUAGAAAUAAUAAGCGGCAAGAAGAACAGAGGAUUUUAUUACUCAGACGAGUUAAACCUCCUUGGACAUUCAUGGAAGCUAUGGAAUGAAGGGCGCGCACUGGAACUGGUGGAUCCAUCAUUUGGUAAUUCAUAUUCAUCAUCUGAAGCAUUAAGAUGCAUAAAGGUUGGUUUAAUCUGUGUUCAAGAAAGACCAGAAGAUCGACCAACAAUGUCUUCUGUAGUAUUAAUGUUAAGUAGUGAAAAUGCAUCAAUACCACAGCCUAAGAACCCAGGUUUUGUUGCAAGGACUCAUACUGAUACUAGUUCUUCAACCCAACAAGAAGAAUCAUACUCUGUGAAUCAAGUUACAGUCACAGUAGUUGAUGCCAGGUAGAAAAUUAGAAGUUUCAAAGAACUGCCAACCAAUUGUAUUAUCUGUAGUUCUUUUUCCCAAAAAAAGUUCUUGUAUUAUUUGAGCUUAAAUCGUUCUAUGUUGAAUUAUAAGCUUCAUUUUUUGAA